AUGGCAGACAAAUCCCUUCAGGACACAUUUCAUCAAAGAGCUCUUAUCGAUGACAACAGAAGCGCUUCCCUCAUCGCUUGUAGCAUCUUCUUCAUCGUCUUCCCCACUAUCAUCGUGGCCUUUCGCUUUGUCGCAAGAUUCAUGAGGAAAUUACCACUGGGGCUUGACGAUUAUUUCACACUUCCUGCCUUGGUUUUCGUGAUUCUCCUUUGCGUGCUCAACAUUCUCUCUACCAACUAUGGUGUUGGUAAACACGUAAUUGCCGCCAACCCUGCAACGAUAUAUGUGGUCGUUAAGAUUGGCUAUUUCAUCGCCAUGGCCUACACCUGGGUCCAUUUCUUCGUAAAAUGGUCCAUUCUUUUGCUUUAUCGUCGCAUCUUUGGCAUGCACAAGAAAUGGUUCAGGAUCGCCUUCUGGAGUAUCGGAGUGUAUGUGACCUGCUGGGCAUUGUCACUCUUCAUUGUCGCACUGACUUACUGCCAACCGAUUAGUUUCUUCUGGCUUCGUGCCACACCGGCGGCCAUUCAAGGUCGAAUUGAUGGCAAAUGUGGUCCCGACGCCCCUAAGGUGGUCCAAUUCACCAACGCUUUCAAUUCGGUUGCUGAUUUCGCACUUCUGAUUGUUCCAUUUGUCGCGUUAAGAAAGCUACAGAUUAAAUUUCAUCGAAAAAUUGAACUCAUUGCUAUCUUCACGAUUGGUGCUUUUGCUUGCGCUGCUGGACUUGUCAGGUUUGCAGCAUCUUUGGACAUAAAAGGAUUGACCACGGAUUUCACAUGGGUUUAUAGUGCAGCCUACAAUUGGACAGCCAUUGAAGCCGGUAUUGGACUUGUCUGUGCCUGCUUCCCGGUCAUAGCGCCACUCUUCAAGGCCCAGGCUCUCCAGCAACGUUACAAAAUUGUGUUGGAGACACUCCGAAGUUCCCGGGCCGGUUCUAGAAUCGGCUUUCGAUGGUUCAGAAGCCGAAACAGUAGCGAUAACGCCCAGGGCUCACGGAGUUCUGAAGGCACCUUGCAUAAGAAGCUGCCUGUCUUUUCGAAUUGCACGACUUGUGGAUAUUCGCUGGAUGGCAAGUCCGAACUGCCACCCUUGCCACCGGCCCCACGCUUUAGAGAAGCGUUUCAGGGGAGACAGCUCCUCCACCCUGGGUUAGGCGAUCCUAGGGUGGUGAAUGAGGUGUAUCGUGGGGUGGAACCCGGCAACAUGGGACUUGACAAGGACAGGAAGCCGUUACCUAUGGAAGGCAUCAAAGUGAGAACGCACAUCGAGACUGCCAAUAUUCCCAAUUAG